CCAGGAGUCCCCACCCCAAAACCCCCAACGUAUCACAUGAUCCGUACCACACUUUUGGAUGAGUUUGAUGUGGAAGUCCAAAAGUGUGUGAAACCUGUCCUCGCUACUGCAGCUACCUACGGUUGCACGAUAAUGACAGACGGUUGGACCAACAUUCGGGGCCAAACGUUGUGCAACUAUCUCGUCGGCACUACACGGGGCGCCACAUAUGUCGCGACAGAUGUUAUGCGAGGAAAGAAGGAUGCCACUGCUCUGGCGCAGGCUUGGCUGCGAAGGUUGAAGUCCCUUGACAUCAAGCUCGCUGACAUCACCGCUUUCGUCACAGACUCUGCUAGUUCGAACGUUUCUGCGAUGRAGGUGUUCCAGAAGGAUGAGAGUGUCAAGCACAUCUUCUGGAUUCCUUGUGUGGCACACGUCAUGGACCUCAUCCUUGAGGACAUCGGCGGCAUUGACUGGGUGGCGACCCGCAUUGCUCAGGUGCGUUUGGUCACAAAGUUUUUCAAGCGUCAUAGCCGCGCUCGCGAAGUUUUGCAAGCUUUCACGACGAAGGCUCUGCUGCUUCCCGCCGAGACUCGCUUCGGUACGUAUGUGAUUAUGAUGCGACGACUUCUUCUGCUGCAAUCGCAUCUUAUGCAGGUGGUCGUUGAUGAUCGAUGGAAGGACACUGUUUGGUCAACGAAGAAGAUUCGAGACGACGCCGCGGAGGUCACAGCAUGUGUCGGUGGAGUUUCAUCCACUCCAAAUCUCAUAACAGAUUGGAGGUGGCGCGGGCCGAGAAGCUCGUGCGAUGCCAUUGGAACCUUCGGCUCCUCGACAGGCAGGCUAUGUCGGACGAUGCUCCCAGUGACAGGCCACAUCCGUAUGGGAGCUGGGAGGAGGUGUCGUGGCGGCGGUUGCGGAGGUGGUCGUCGGGGCGGUCGCGGGCGAGGCGGGCGUGGAGGUCCUGGCGGGAGGCGUAGUGUCGCGAGUCGUGGAAGGGCAGUGGACGAGCUAGUACGCAAGCCUCGACAGCGAUGGGGGGAGGGAGACUUUUUGUACGAGAGCUCGUCCAGCGAUGACGAGGAUUUCUUCGGGAAUGGUAGGCCUGCACAGGAUGGCGACAGCGAUUUCGACGACCGUCACCCGAACGUGGGCGACGACGAUGGCGCCAGUGGCGAUGAUCACGGUGACGGAGGAGAUAGGCCACGACCUGCACAUGGUGACACGAUGCRCGCYGACRGGGCAGGGGGCGAGCACCGCACARCAGUAGAUGACGCUCGAGAUGGAGUGCAUGAUGAUGGUUCACGACCUGUCUCGGGCGGUGACCUGAGGCGCUUGAAACGCGGACCAAGGGAAAAAGACACUAUCGCUUCAUGUGUGCGCAAACGUCAUGGUGGGGUUGCUAGCAUUCCACUAUCACGAGCCCCCGCAACUGGGCAGAUUUCAGUUUCUGAGGACUCUUUCAGCGAUCACGGCGGCGAGGAGCGGAUCGAGGGAAAGACCAGUCCUCUCCCGGCAGUGCGGGACGAGGGUUCUGUCGGUGCACUGCAUCCACUCAUGUCUGCCGGAGCGGCAGUCUCAAUUGCAGCGACCUCGGAUGUGGGACAACCACUGGCAGCGGCGGAGCAAGAAAGUAUGCUCCCACCUCGCAGUGUUCAACCGCGGCCACCGCCUGCAUUGAUGGAGGGGAGUCAGGGGACCGUUGUUGUGUGUCAAGGCGACGAUCUCCCGRAACGUGAUAUCUCACACACUCCCGCAGCCGAGCAAAGCGCCGCAGACCAUGUCGGCCUCGCAUGCCCCACCGACAGUCUUCCGGGUACCGGCGAGUUACUGACCAUGGACUCUGCGCUCGUUUCUCUACCGGACUUUUCGAUGUUGAUAUCCCCAGGUCUACCCCAUGUGUCACCGCCCAAGCCACAACAGCCUGUUGUCAUGGAGCGUGGAUCGGACGGGUUUGACGUGGCAGGAGGUGAUAUCGCCGAUAUGAUUACGAGCCCAAUGGUGUCUGCCACGCCCACAAUUUUUCGUGUUGGCAAACUACGCGAGGUGGCCCUUGGUUUGGCGGAGACGGCGACGCGACACUGCCGCGACGGUCAGCGCAGCAUCGCACAACGCAGUCUUUCUCAUUCGUUUGACGGCGCAGAGGAAGGGUCUCCUGGUGGUGGCGCGGACGCGACAGAACAGCUUGUGGUUGGGUCAUUGGCGACAGCACGGCGCGACAGAGCCACUGUUUUGCCGACAGUGGCAUUCUAUGCCAGCGGGAAGAGUACUGGGGGGAUGGAUGAGCAGGGAGUCCGGAAUGUUGGCAGACCAUCUGCACCAUCUAUGGGGAAACGAUCCAUUGGGAGUGUGGAUGGUGCUCGACACACCGCCAUGGCAGAGUUUGAGGACCGACACGGGAGUGCUUUGCCGACGAAGACGUCUGAUGUCCAUGCUACGAGAUCCGCAAAGGCAAGCCUUUCUCAGGCAAGGAAGAAGGCCUCGACAAGGAAGGCGUCACGUUCAUCCUCACAUAUGCGUUCCCGAGAGAGAGGAUCGGGCGUUGUGCAUCUCGAGGACGGAGAGAUUGCACCUGACGGCGACGCAUUGGAUGUUGGAGGGAGGGAUGCGACGACGACAGAUAUCGUCGGCAGGGAGGGCACCGGGAAUGCAGUGGCAGGUCAGAAGAGACGCGGCAGUGUACUUAUCGUCCACGACGACAGCACAGAUGUCGCCCCGGGAGAGACCACAGACACUGAUGAUGCAGGGGACUCCGAUUACGUACCCAAACCACGGGCGGCAGAUGGAGAUGAUGGAGGAGGGCGACGAGUGAGAUCGAGGACACGACUCGGGCCGCAAGGGCAGCGAGCACAGGGCACACCAUCGGCGAUGAUUCCUGCCCCCAUAGAUCGGAGAGCUCAAGCGCAGCGGUUGCUGCGCAAAAUGGAGGCCACUCUUCAACUGACGCACGGAGAUGAAUAUUAUAAACGGAGAAACGACAGUAAAACUAGGACUGGAGGUAGGUCGAUUGUGUCCCUCAUCGACCUCUACUCCGGCUACGAUCAGUUUUCAGUCUAUCCGGCAGAUCGUCCCAUCACGGCGAUGCACACGCCAAGGGGAUUGGUCCAUAUGAAUGUUGCGCCGCAAGGAUGGACCAAUGUUGUGGCCAUGGUGCAACGGAGCAUGAUUAGGGUUAUGCAGCCAAUCAGGCCUCAGAUCACCGAGCUGUACAUAGAUGAUCUUGCAGUUAAGGGCCCGAUUGAGAAGGAUGAGUCAGAAUUAGAACGGAUCCCUGGGAACAAGAAGAGGGCGGACGGCAUGAGCAGAAUUGAGUGGGGAAAUCAAGGGGAAUCUAAUGAAGAAACGCCUCCGGUAGAUGGAUUUUUGGAUGAAGGGGAAGGCAUGCGAACUCACGUGAACUGUUGGUUCAUGUUUGUCGAAAGUAAGGAGAUGAGGAGAGGGAAUCCAAUAUGGCAUCCACCGCCUGAAUUUAUGAGAGAACCUUCUCUGAUACUCACACCAUUGGAAGAAGAGAACUCUUGGGGAGAGCGAAAUACGGAGUGGAUGAUGGAGUUAGCUCUAGCAGAAAAUUAUAGGAUAAUGGAUGAGCCGCUAACGAUCGAAGUAGGAGUCCAACAGGGAGACGAUCAGGUGGCCAUGAUGGGAAGAAUGUACUACCUGACAAAUUCGCUGUUGCAAGUCCAAGUGAAUGAUGAAAGAGGAAUAGUGAAGGUCGAUGAAAUAGUUAUUGGUGAUGAUUACGAGUUCGAUGAAGGGAAGGAAGGAGAGUUUGAACAAGAGGAGAUUUCAGAGGAAUUCAGGGAAGAGGAGUAUGAUGAAUUUUAUUUAGAAAUGGGGUUGCUCCUCUCAGGAGAUAAAAGAGAGAGAGAAGUGAGUGAAAAGACUCUCAGGAUGAGAGACCACUAUGUGGUAAGAGGUGACCACUUGUUCAUCAGAGACAAGAGGGGGUCACCGCGACGUGUCGUAUGUGGGAGGAAUCGUCAGAUUGACAUAGUAACUGCAAUGCACGAUGGGAUAGUCGGAGGACAUCGGAGUUUCGCAGCUACUUAUAAGAAGGCGAUGGAGUACUACUACUGGGAAGGAAUAUUUGAGAUUACGCGUGACCCUUGGAAAGAAGAGGCCAUAGCGCAGAGAGGAGCAGUGGCAGGACCCUCUGGACCUGCCUUGAGAAAGGGAGGGCAGAGGAGGGGUCAAAGAGUCUCAAGGAACCUGGAGGAGCUGCCCAUUUACAGGGUAGGAGACAGCCUGCGAAUUUUUCUGCGAGACCUUGAACAGUACGCAUUCAGGAGAGAAUGGGGUGACAGGGAGAAGAUUGCGAAUGUAAGUGGAGCAGGAAUGUACAAGAGGAGGAUUGAAGGAGUGGUGGCAGGGUGCACAAGGUGGAAAGUAUGCAAGGAGAGGUUAUGGAAAGCCAUAGGGGCCUUCCCAAUGGACGAUGUGGAGGAUGACUUAAGGUUUGAUGAAACCAAUCUGGAGGACUUUAUCGAAAGCUUGCAGCUGACCGCAGAGAGAGGCGAGUGAAACAAAGAGGAAAGGAAGAAACAGCUGAUCGCAAGAUCAGAAAAG